AUGGCUGCCCUGCGACGGGCUCAGGAUACAGACCAGUGGAGACCAGAGGACUCAUCUAGUAGGGACGGAGAGCGAUCUAGGGACCGGUCACGGGAGAGGAACAACGAGGGCAGAACAACGUCACCAGUGCCACGAGCUGCCAGAGAUUCUCCUAGACAUCGCGCAUACGACACCCACACGCAUUCAUCGGCCAAACACGCACGGGGACGUUCACGCGAAAGAAGCUUGAGUAGAGAGCGCGCGCGUCGACGCAGUCGCAGCAUCUCUGGGCAGGACCGCUAUCGAGCUUCGAAGAGGGAAGCCAGCGCAGACAGGGUUGUCCACUCGCAUCGGCAUCACCACCACCAUCGCGAUACAACUCCAUCGUCGAAACGCCACCACCCCCGUUCUCCAUCUCCACGAGGCUCGUCCAAGCGCGUGAAACGGCAGGGCAGUCGCAGCUCCAUACGCUCUGCAUCGAGGCCACGACGUGCACAUUCGCCGGGCCGGCCUCCCACAAGUGCAUACUCCCCACGAGCUCAGCGUUCCGACCGCGAUCGACCGCCUCGACGAACCACGCCCGACACAUACUUCCCAUCCACCUCGACUCGCCGCCGCUCGCCUUCUGCAGACACACACUACAGGCCAGUGGCUCAUCGUGCACGGAAGAGAUCAGUUUCACUCGACAGGAGAUCUAGGCGUGAAACACCGCCUCGGAGACUGUCACCCAGAAGAACUGAUCGGAGACCUAUUUCACCCUUCGACAACCACGGUGAACGGCCCUACAAGCCCUAUAAUACACGCGACAGGGCAAGGAGUCGCAGUCGAGAUUCCAGACGUGCUCGAUCCCCCUCUCGUCCGCCUCGUAGGCGAUCUCCAGGCCCAGUUCGCAGAAAUUCGCCGCCCCAUACCCACCGAGCCAGACUAUCACCACGCAGAAGUCGUUCGCCCCGCCCACCCAUUCGACGCCGUACAUCCCGCUCGCCUUCUCCUACAUCGAGGCCGCGACAACGCCUGGACAAAGGAACAGACAGGAUCGCAUCACGUCGAGGCUCGCCAGUGCCGGGAUCAGGUUACAACUCUGACACGUCCAAAAGUCGGGAGGACCACGGCAAGAUGAGGGGAGCAUAUCACUAUCAAGGACGUGGUGGCUUCCAGCAAUCGCCACCGUACCCUGCCCAAAAUCAAUAUUCCCCUCAAAAUCAAUCGCCCUAUCAUGGCGGCGGUCGAGGCGGUUGGAACGGUCCACCGUAUCCCAAUCAAGGGUUAGUUUCCAUCCCAUCGGUCUUCGGUCAUCCGAAUGCUGACAUCAUCAGGUCGCCUGCACAUGGCUAUACCCCAAAUCAAUCUCCUUAUCAUCAGAACCAAUCUCCAGGUUACUACCCAAACCAACCGUACCCACAACCUGGCUUCCAGAAUAGCCCCCAUCGCGGAGGGCAUGGCGGCUAUCGCGGCAACAACUUCAAUGGCCCCGACCGCCGUAUGUCAGGUCCUGGCGCAACCGCUCCGUUUGGCGGUCCGGGCGGAAGAGGGCGUGGCGCGCCAACCCAGUUCUCCAAUUUGUCUUGGACGCCAGCGUCGGGCACUCGAGGCGGCCGCCCAGCCACUGAAGCGCCACGCCCACAGCCCGCUGUCGCGUCGCAAGCACCUGCCGACUCAGCAUCUGUGGAUGCUGAUGACAACCCCUUUCGCCCAUCCAAAGAUCUGCGUGUAGAAGACGAGGGUUCCAAAGAGGACAAAAGGAUGGCACCUUCAAAAGCACCCACAGCACCCAAGUCAGGAUUUGGUUUUUCGUUGAAGACUAAGAAUCCAGUGCCACCAGCGAGCAAAGCAAAGCCUGGAGUGGAAGAGCCCGAGAAGCUUGCGCCUGCUUCCAAAGAGUCUCUUCUUGACCCCAAAGCAAAGGCCGCAGCAGCAGCGCGGGAAGCUUCCCCACGUCACUCGGAAGCACGAAGCAAUCGAGAUCGAGAUGCGAGGGAUAGAGGUUACGACAGUGGCCGCGACCGAGACAAUAGGGAACGAGACCGUCGAUAUGAUAACUACUACGAUCGAAAACCUGCCUAUCGAGACCCUCGCGAUAGAGACACCCGAGAUCUACGAGACACGCGUGAGCCCUACUAUCGCGGCAAAGAGCGAGACUUCCGAGACCCACGAGAAAGAGAUAUGCGAGACUCGAGAGAUCCACGAGACCCACGCGAUAUCCGUGACCGCGAUCCCAGAGAUAUGCGCGAUCCGAGAGAUCGUAGAGAACCAUACCCACCGCGACGACCUGACGAUAGACGAUUCGACCCACGGCCUGACCCACGACCAGCGCGAAAGACACCACCUCCUCAGAUACCCAAGACUAAGAUCGUUAUGAGGAAGCGCAUGAAACCUCGGCCUACGCUGGUCCCUGAACAUGCAGCUUCAGAGUCUGUAUAUUACCGGAAGCCCGGCAACGAAUCGGUGGUUGGAUCCGGCACCUACGGAAAGGUCUUCAAAGGAGUCCAUGUCUAUACGAAGGAUAUGGUAGCUCUCAAGAAGAUUCGUAUGGAGGGCGAACGCGAUGGCUUCCCCGUUACGGCCAUCCGUGAGGUCAAACUUCUGCAAUCUCUUAACCACGCCAACAUCGUUAAUCUCCGAGAAGUCAUGGUCGAGAAAAACGACUGCUACAUGGUCUUCGAAUACCUUUCCCAUGAUCUUACCGGUCUUUUGAACCACCCGACCUUCAAGCUCGAGCAAGCACAUAAAAAGGACCUGGCUAAACAGCUCUUCGAAGGCCUGGAUUAUCUCCACCGUCGCGGCGUUUUACAUCGAGACAUCAAGGCUGCGAACAUCCUCGUAUCCAAUACCGGACAACUGAAACUGGCAGAUUUCGGUCUUGCACGUUUCUACGCGAAAAGCAGUAAGCUCGAUUACACCAACCGGGUCAUUACCAUCUGGUACCGAUCACCGGAGCUGUUGCUGGGAGAAACACAGUAUGGGCCAGCAGUCGACAUCUGGUCGGCUGCCUGUGUGCUGGUCGAGAUCUUUACACGGCACGCUAUCUUCCCAGGCGAUGGCGGCGAGAUUAAUCAGCUGGACAAGAUUUACAACAUACUGGGCACGCCUACGGUUCAAGACUGGCCAGGGAUCGUCGACAUGCAGUGGUUUGAACUGCUACGGCCAACCGAACGAAAACAGUCGACUUUUGAGGAAAAGUACAAGGACCGUGUUAGCCCUAUGGCCUUUGAACUUCUCCAGGCAAUGUUCCUGUUCGAUCCCAAUGCGCGACCCACCGCCGCCGACGUGCUCGAGCAUCCUUUCUUCACGAGCGAAGCCCCGCCACCGAGACGUGCCGAUGCGCUGAAGGAGCUGGAGGGUGAUUGGCACGAGUUCGAGAGCAAGGCUCUUCGGAAGGAAAAGGAGAAGCAGGACAAAGAGGCGCGGCGUAUUGCGCGGGAAGAGAAGGAUACUGCAAGGAAGGACGAGGGUAAAAGGCGCGCCGAGGCAAAUGCUGGCGAGGAAAGGGACGCGAAGCGAGCGAAGAGCGGCGAUGUAACGGCGUAG